AUGGAGCAGUGUGGUUCAAGUAAAGAGCAGUAUUGUACAAGUGGAAAGCAGUGUGGGACAAGUAGAGAGCAGUGUUGUACAAGUGGGAAGCAGUGUGGGACAAGUAGAGAGCAGUGUUGUACAAGUGGGAAGCAGUGUGGUACAAGUAGAGAGCAGUGUUGUACAAGUGGGAAGCAGUGUGGGACAAGUAGAGAGCAGUGUUGUACAAGUGGGAAGCAGUGUGGGACAAGUAGAGAGCAGUGUUGUACAAGUGGGAAGCAGUGUGGUACAAGUAGAGAGCAGUGUUGUACAAGUGGGAAGCAGUGUGGGACAAGUAGAGAGUAG